CCGCUGCAGUUUUUAGGGGAGUGGCAGUGAUGCUCAUAGCAGGAGAGACGAAGUAGUUAAAAAUUAUUACUAGGGAGGGGCAGGGACCUAUGGAUGUGGAUAUAUAAGAUCGCGCCUCCAGCGCAGAGCCGCUGCUACUGCUGCGAGAGUCGGGACCAGAGCGCAGGAGCUCAGCCCUGCAGUCCCCAGAGGCCAGGGACAGAAGCAAAGGACGAGAGACUGGUUUAAGCUGGGGCUCCCGCCUCACCUCUGCAACAGGCCCAGGAGCCCCUAACUUCAGUCCCCUGUCCCCAAAGGCGCACCGCGGAGUUGUGCGCUCCAGCCCAGGCACACCCCUGCGCGGCACAGGCACGCCGGGAGGCAGGUCCCACACCAAGGAGAUGCGUGCGGGAGCCCGGGCAACUGGCCUGGGGCGGAGGGAGUAGGACAGCGGGGAGGCCGGGAAGCCGCAGGGUUAGAGCUGCGGGCGGAGGGGCCCUCAGCUGCGAGCGACACCUGCUGCUGCUGCUGCCGCCUCGCCGGGAUGCUGCGCGCGGUCUCCCUGCUGCUGGGCGCCGCGCUGCUCUGCGGCCCCGGAGCCUUCUGCCGCCGGGUCGUCAGUGGUCAAAAGGUGUGUUUUGCUGACGCGAAGCAUCCCUGCUACAAAAUGGCCUACUUCCACGAACUGUCCAGCCGAGUGAGCUUUCAGGAGGCUCGCCUGGCCUGUGAGAGUGAGGGAGGGGUCCUCCUCAGCCUUGAGAGUGAAGCAGAACAGAAAUUAAUAGAGAGCAUGUUGAAAAACUUGACAAAACCUGGAACAGGGAUUUCUGAUGGUGAUUUCUGGAUAGGACUGUGGAGAAACGGAGACGGCCAGACCUCCGGUGCCUGCCCAGAUCUCUACCAGUGGUCCGAUGGAAGCAGUUCCCAGUACCGGAACUGGUACACUGAUGAACCUUCCUGUGGAAGUGAAAAGUGUGUUGUGAUGUAUCAUCAACCAACUGCCAAGCCCGGCCUUGGGGGACCCUACCUUUACCAGUGGAAUGAUGACAGGUGCAACAUGAAGCACAAUUACAUCUGCAAGUAUGAACCGGAGAUUAGCCCAACAGACCCUGUGGAGAAGCCUUAUCUAACAAAUCAACCAGGAGACACCCGUGAAAAUGUGGUUGUUACUGAAGCAGGCAUAAUUCCUAACCUAAUUUAUGUUAUUAUACCAACAAUACCGCUGCUUUUACUCAUAUUGGUUGCUUUUGGAACUUGCUGUUUCCAGAUGCUUCAUCGAAGUAAAGGAAGAACAAAAACUAGUCCAAACCAGUCCACACUGUGGAUUUCAAAGAGCACCAGAAAGGAAAGUGGCAUGGAAGUAUAAUAAUUCACCGACUUGGCUCCAGAAAAGAAAAUAGUCUUAUAAUUCUGGAUCCGUAUAAGGAAUGGCAUUGGAACAUUAGCUUGGAAUGGCUUGAAAUCUUAAAGGAUCUGCAAGGUGAACUGUAAGCUCCCCCUUGAGGCAAUUAUUAAAAUACUUUUUAUAUGUUUAUUAUUUCAUUUACAAAAAUAUGCUGUGCUAAUAAUGGAGUGAUACUUGCUUAUUUUGCUAAAGGAUGCACCCAAACUUCAAGAAAAUGAAAUGGACCAUGCAGAUAAAAUUGCUGUCAGCACAUCAGGAGUGUGUGUUGAAAGCAGUUAUUUUUAUUUCUCUCACCUUUCAUAA